GUAAAGGCCUUAGUAUCUGGGACAUGUUCACGUCAGACAGCAGUCACGUGACCGGAGGUGGGGACGCCAAACAGUCAGCAGACACCUACCACCACGUCGACGAUGACGUGACUUUGCUCAAAAACCUCGGGGUGGGCAGCUAUAAAUUCUCCAUCUCAUGGCCUCGAAUUUUCCCCAACGGCACGAAAGACAAUGUGAACCAAGCAGGUGUCAAGUUUUACAACACUCUGAUUGACAAGCUCUUGGCCAAUCAGAUCACGCCAUUUGUCAGCCUGUACUACUGGGACCUGCCCCAAGACCUACAGGACAAAGGCGGUUGGUCCAAAGACGAGUCGGUCACGUGGUUCGGCGACUAUGCUGACUUCUGCUUCAAGACUUUUGGCGACAGGGUGAGAAGAAGAAGAAGAAGAAGAAGAAGAACAGCCAUCAAGGCCGGAUGUGACGUGCGAGGCUACUUCGUGUGGUCACUCCUGGACGGUUUCGACUGGUCACUGGGCUACACCAGCAAGAGCGGCCUGUACUACGUGGACAUGGACAAAGGAGAGAAGCGUCGUUUCCCGCGCUCCUCCGCCACUUUCUACAAGAAGAUGAUCGCAAAUAACGGACUCACCGACGAGCUUGUUGUCUACAGGGCUUACCCAGCAGACCGGGACGAGUUCCUGUACGACACCUUCCCACGUGACUUCAUGUGGGGCGUGGCCACGGCAUCUUACCAAGUGGAAGGUGGCUGGGACGCUGAUGGCAAAGGCCCUAGUAUCUGGGACACAUUCGCCCACAACAACCGACUGGACAAUGGCGAUACCGGUGACGUGGCCUGUGACAGCUACCACUUGUACAUGGAGGACGUGCGCAUGCUCAAACAGCUGGGGGUGAACUUUUACCGUUUCUCCAUCGCCUGGACUCGGGUGAUGGCUGACGGGACACCUGCUACCACCAACCAGGCCGGCAUUGACUACUACAACAAACUGAUAGACGCACUUAUAGCUGCUGGGAUCACUCCCGUGGUGACUCUCUACCACUGGGACUUGCCACAGGCCUUGGAGGUUGCAAGUGCCGAAAUUCUCUUACUAUCAAAAAACAAAAUCUACUUCGCCCAGGUCAAGUACUGGAUCACGUUCAACGAGCCGUGGGUGGUGAGUUGGCUGGGCUAUGGUAAUGGGAUGGAUGCUCCGGGAAUCUCCGACCCCGGUCACGCCCCCUACGUGGUGGCUCACAACAUCAUCCGGUCACACAGCCGGGCCUACCAUCUCUACAGAGACAACUUCUACUCCAAGUACUCAGGUAAGGUCGGUAUCACCCUAGACAUAGACUGGAAAGAACCUUUGACUGACUCGAGUGAAGACGCCGCGGCCGCCGACAGAGCUUUGCAGUUCAAGCUGGGCUGGUUCGCCAACGCCAUCUUUGCCGGGUCCGGCGACUACCCCGAAGUGAUAAGACAGCUUGUGGACGAGAAGAGCAGGAAACAAGGACUGGCCAAAUCUAGACUGCCCAGGUUUACAGAGGCCGAGAAGAAUCUCAAUAAAGGCGCCUAUGACUUCCUGGCCCUGAACCACUACACCACAAAACUGGUCAGCAACCACCCUCGGCCUACCACUGACCCGAGCUACGACCAGGACCAAGACGUCGAGCAUCACGCCGAUCCUUGCUGGCCCAAGACUAUCGCCUCCUGGCUCCAGGUGAAUCCCUGGGGAAUCCGGAGUAUUCUGAGGUGGGCACGUGACACCUACCACAACCCGGAGAUCAUCAUCAGCGAGAACGGCUGGCCAGACAGAGGGCAUGACCUCACCGACGACGGACGCAUCUACUACCUCAAGUAUUACAUCAACGAGUUGCUCAAAGCCAUUAAACUGGAUGGCGUCAGGGUCAAAGCGUACACAGUCUGGAGUCUGAUGGACGUUCUGGAGUGGACCGGCGGUUACUCCGCUAAACUGGGCCUGCAUCAGGUGGACUUCGACAGCCCAAACAGGACUCGUACCCCACGCGCCUCAGCCUUCUUCUAUCAAAAAGUCAUCAAAGAUCAUGGCUUUCCCAAGCCAGAGUCUCCAUGACGUGCUCGCAGACUCAGCAGAGAUGUUGUCCUCCACUGGGCUAGCGACAGGGAAAGAAGGGCAGAGGAAGACAGAGAACAACAUACACUGAGGUUUUGAACAACUUAGUUACAAAUUAAACAAUGAGAAAAACCGAGCUGUCAGGAAAACAGACAAUAGGAAGGAGUAGGGUAUUAUGAUUGCCAAUGUCUUCCCCAGACCUGGCUUUGCAAGAAGGAGAAGAAGAAGAAGAAGAAGAAGAAGAAGAAGAAGAAGAAGAAGAAGAAGAAGAAAAAGAAUAGGGUUAGCACCAAAACCAAUGUUGAUAAUGGGAUAUUGGCGCAUACAGAAUGUCCUGUAAUAAACGGAUGAAUAAUACAUAAUCAAA